GCCACCAUCGGUUGACGGAAAUCGCGUCACUCAGCAAACAGAAAACAUGGCUGGCCCAAGGCAAACACCAUUAACCUGUAGUGGUCAUACUCGCCCAGUGGUUGAUUUGUCUUUUAGUGACAUAACACCAUUUGGAUACUUUUUAAUUAGUGCUUGUAAAGAUGGAAAGCCAAUGCUACGGCAAGGAGAUACUGGAGACUGGGUUGGGACAUUUGAAGGUCACAAGGGUGCAGUUUGGGGUGCAACUCUGAACAAAGAUGCAACUAGAGCUGCCACUGGUGCUGCAGAUUUCACUGCUAAAGUUUGGGAUGCUGAGAAAGGCGAAGAGCUUCAAAGUUUUUCCCACAAACAUAUUGUUAAGAGUGUAGACUUUUCAACCGACAGCCAUUAUCUUCUCACUGGUAGCAAUGAGAAGCUUCUUAGAAUUUAUGAUUUGGAGAAACCAGAAGCAGAACCAAAGCAGUUUGCUGGGCAUACAUCAAACAUCAAAGCUGUUCAUUUUAAUCGAGAAUGUAAUAGAGUUCUAAGUGCUAGUGAUGAUAAGACACUAAGAGUUUGGGAUGUUAACACAUGUCAAGAGAUUCAUAAAAUUGAAGUUUCUUCACCACCUGGAAGUCUAGAAUUAACAUCAGAUGGCUCCAUCUUCACAGUUACAUAUGGACACUACACUGCUUUCUAUAAUGCUGAAAAUUUUGAAAAAAUCAAAGAAAUCAAAGCUCCAGCACCUGUUAACACAGCUUCAUUGCAUCCCUCAAAAAAUUUCUUUGUAUGUGGUGGGGAGGACUUUAAAAUGUACAAAUUUGAUUAUUUUACUGGAGCUGAGAUCGAAUCAUUCAAAGGCCACUUUGGCCCUGUACAUUGUGUGAGAUUUUCUCCUGAUGGUGAAUUGUAUGCAAGUGGUAGUGAAGAUGGAACUCUUCGACUCUGGCAAACUACAGUUGGAACAACAUAUGGUCUAUGGAAAUGUGUGGCCCCAGACAUUGACUGUGUUGACGUUAUCUCCUCAGGGUCAUCCAACACAAACUCAUUAGUUAAAGUUGAGUCAUGAUAUCAGCAACUCUGCAAAGAUGAAAGGAGAGCUGUCUAAAUGGUACAUUGACAAACAAAAUUUACAUUGCAACAUAAUUUAUUGUCCAGUGAGUUUGUACAAAGAUAUGAUGAAGUACUUAUUUGUGUAUAGCCUUUGUGGAGUUUACAUGUGGUACUUGACUGCACAAGUUUGUUCAUUAAAAAAAAAUUAGUGAUGGUCCUAGGAUUAGUUUUUUUUUUAUUUUUUAAUCCUCAUUUUAUUCUGUUUUCUUUGUGGGCAUGGUAAAUCAAACUGUCCAUUAUUUAAUAUGCUUGAGCAAAUGUUUCAUAUAAUGUAUGCAUUUGCCCAAUAUUAAUAUUGCUGACCACCAUUUUUGUUUGGUUUUAAAAUGUAAUUUUAAUUAUAGAUGGGUUUAGGAUGUGUAUAUUCAGUAAUUUGAACAGAUGAAACAACUUAAGGAGGGAGACAAUGAUUGAUGUUUUUAUUUUAUAAUUGUGAAUUUCAGUCUUCUGUUUUUUUUUUAAAAAUAGUAUUUAAAUAGACAAAUAUGAUAAAAUUGUCCUUUGAAAUUUUCAUUAAUACAUUGUGAAAAAGAGUGUACAUAAAACUUGUUUAUUAAAAUAAUUCUGCAUUUAUUUUAACAUAUUUGCUGGUGUUAUUUACUUUUAUGAAAACCAUUAAAGUUUCAGGGAUGGUA